GGCUCGCGGGCCGGAGACCGAGGGGCCACUUCAGGAAUACAGAUAAGUGGCUGGUGGCUUGACGUGGAUUUUAAUGAAUUUGGACUCCAUGUGGAUGCGGUCGCCCGCGUGAUCGCGAGCCGUGGGCAGCCGGAGGAGCAGGCAGCGCGCCGGCCUCGGUAGCCGGCGGCCGAAGCGGUCGGACCGGGGAGGGAAGGACAGACCGACAUCUCCGAGCUGGAACCAUGUGAGGGCCAGGCCGGGGAGGCGGAGUUCGCGAGAGAUCGGAGGCCCUGUGUCCUGGCCCUCGGCCGGCUCAGGAUGGAACAGAGGAGGCCCGGGCCGCGGGCGGCAGACGGGGACGGCUGGCCUGUGGUCCUGCUCUCGGCCGUCUGCGUGCUGCUGGCGCCGCGGGCGGCCAGCGCGCCCCAGUUCAGCACCUUCCACUCGGAAAACCGCGACUGGACCUUCAACCACCUGACGGUGCACCGCGGGACCGGGGCGGUGUACGUGGGCGCCAUCAACCGCGUGUACAAGCUGACGGGCAACCUGACCAUCCAGGUGGCUCACAAGACAGGCCCGGAGGAGGACAACAAGUCCUGCUACCCGCCGCUGAUCGUGCAGCCCUGCGGCGAGGUGCUCACGCUGACCAACAACGUCAACAAGCUGCUCAUCAUCGACUACUCGGAGAACCGGCUGCUGGCCUGCGGCAGCCUGUACCAGGGCGUGUGCAAGCUGCUGCGGCUCGACGACCUCUUCAUCCUGGUGGAGCCGUCCCAUAAGAAGGAGCACUACCUAUCCAGCGUCAACAAGACGGGCACGAUGUACGGGGUGAUCGUGCGCUCCGAGGGCGAGGACGGCAAGCUCUUCAUCGGCACGGCCGUGGACGGCAAGCAGGACUACUUCCCCACGCUGUCCAGCCGCAAGCUGCCGCGCGACCCCGAGUCCUCCGCCAUGCUUGACUACGAGCUGCACAGCGACUUCGUCUCCUCGCUCAUCAAGAUCCCCUCCGACACCCUGGCCCUGGUGGCCCACUUCGACAUCUUCUACAUCUACGGCUUCGCCAGCGGGGGCUUCGUCUACUUCCUGACGGUCCAGCCCGAGACCCCCGAGGGCGUGGCCAUCAACUCGGCCGGGGACCUCUUCUACACCUCGCGCAUCGUGCGGCUCUGCAAGGACGACCCCAAGUUCCACUCCUACGUGUCCCUGCCCUUCGGCUGCACGCGGGCCGGGGUGGAAUACCGCCUCCUGCAGGCCGCCUACCUCGCCAAGCCCGGGGACGCGCUGGCGCGGGCCUUCAACAUCAGCGGCCAGGACGACGUGCUCUUCGCCAUCUUCUCCAAAGGGCAGAAGCAGUACCACCAGCCGCCGGAUGACUCCGCCCUCUGCGCCUUCCCCAUCCGCGCAGUCAACCUGCAGAUCAAGGAGCGCCUGCAGUCCUGCUACCAGGGCGAGGGCAACCUGGAGCUCAACUGGCUGCUGGGGAAGGACGUGCAAUGCACCAAGGCGCCGGUGCCCAUCGAUGACAACUUCUGUGGACUGGACAUCAACCAGCCACUUGGAGGCUCGGUCCCAGUGGAGGGCCUGACCCUGUAUGCCACCAGCCGGGACCGCAUGACCUCAGUGGCCUCCUACGUUUACAACGGCUACAGCGUGGUGUUCGUGGGGACAAAAAGCGGCAAGCUGAAAAAGAUUCGAGCCGAUGGUCCCCCCCACGGUGGGGUCCAAUAUGAGAUGGUCUCCGUGCUCAAAGAUGGGAGCCCCAUCCUCCGGGACAUGGCCUUCUCCAUCGACCAGCGCUACCUGUACAUCAUGUCCGAGAGGCAGAUCACCAGGGUCCCCGUGGAAUCCUGUGAGCAGUACACGACUUGCGGAGAGUGCCUGAGCUCGGGGGACCCUCACUGUGGCUGGUGUGCCCUGCACAACAUGUGCUCCCGCAGGGACCGGUGCCAGCGGGCCUGGGAGCCUAACCGAUUUGCCGCCAGCAUCAGCCAGUGCGUGAGGCUCGAGGUGCACCCCAGCAGCAUCUCCGUGUCUGAGCACAGCCGGCUGCUCAGCCUGGUUGUGAGCGAUGCCCCCGAUCUGUCUGUGGGCAUCUCCUGUGCCUUUGGGAACCUGACGGAGGUAGAGGGACAAGUAUCUGGGAGCCAGGUCAUCUGCAUCUCACCGGGACCCAAGGAUGUGCCUGUCAUCCCUCUGGAUCAGGACUGGUUUGGGCUAGAGCUGCAGCUGAGAUCCAAGGAGACAGGGAAGAUAUUCGUCAGCACUGAGUUCAAGUUCUACAACUGCAGUGCCCACCAACUGUGCCUGUCCUGUGUCAACAGCGCCUUCCGCUGCCAUUGGUGCAAAUACCGAAACCUCUGUACUCAUGACCCCACCACCUGCUCCUUCCAGGAGGGUCGGAUCAACAUUUCAGAGGACUGCCCCCAGCUGGUCCCCACCGAGGAGAUCCUGAUACCUGUCGGGGAAGUAAAGCCAAUCACCCUCAAGGCCCGAAACCUGCCCCAGCCUCAGUCUGGCCAGCGGGGCUAUGAAUGCGUCCUCAACAUCCAGGGGGCUGUCCACCGGGUCCCCGCCCUGCGCUUCAACAGCUCCAGCGUCCAGUGCCAGAACAGUUCGUACCAGUAUGACGGCAUGGACAUCAGCAACCUGGCUGUGGAUUUCGCCGUGGUGUGGAAUGGCAAUUUCAUCAUCGACAAUCCUCAGGACCUGAAAGUCCACCUCUACAAGUGUGCAGCCCAGCGGGAGAGCUGCGGCCUCUGCCUCAAGGCUGACCGGAAGUUUGAGUGUGGCUGGUGCAGCGGCGAGCGCAGAUGCACCCUCCGGCAGCACUGCGGCAGCUCCUCCAGCCCCUGGCUCGACUGGUCCAGCCACAACGUCAAGUGCUCCAACCCUCAGAUCACCGAGAUCCUGACAGUGUCCGGACCUCCUGAAGGGGGGACUCGAGUGACCAUCCACGGCGUGAACCUGGGCCUGGACUUCUCGGAGAUCGCCCACCACGUGCAGGUGGCCGGGGUGCCCUGCACGCCCCUGCCGGGGGAUUACAUCGUCGCUGAGCAGAUCGUCUGUGAGAUGGGCCACGCCCUCGUGGGAACCACCUCUGGGCCUGUGCGCCUGUGCAUUGGCGAGUGUCAGCCGGAGUUCAUGACCAAGUCCCAUCAACAGUACACCUUUGUGAACCCUUCUGUGCUGUCGCUCAACCCCACCCGCGGGCCUGAGUCUGGAGGCACCAUGGUGACCAUCACGGGCCACUAUCUCGGGUCUGGAAGCAGCGUGGCCGUUUACCUGGGCAACCAGACCUGCGAGUUCUACGGGCGGUCCAUGAACGAGAUCGUGUGCGUCUCGCCCCCGUCGUCCAAUGGGCUGGGGCCCGUCCCCGUCUCCGUGAGCGUCGACCGGGCCCGAGUGGACAGCAACCUGCAGUUCGAGUACAUAGACGACCCUCGGGUGCAGCGCGUCGAGCCCGAGUGGAGCAUUGCCAGUGGCCACACACCCCUGACCAUCACGGGCUUCAACCUGGAUGUCAUUCAGGAGCCGCGGAUCCGCGUCAAGUUUAACGGCAAAGAAUCUGUCAACGUGUGCAAAGUUGUGAACACCACCACCCUGACCUGCCUGGCACCCUCGCUGACCACGGACUAUCGGCCCGGCCUGGACACCGUGGAGCGGCCAGACGAGUUUGGAUUUGUCUUCAACAAUGUCCAGUCCUUGCUGAUUUACAACGACACCAAGUUCAUCUACUACCCCAACCCGACCUUUGAACUGCUCAGCCCUACUGGAGUCUUGGAUCAGAAGCCAGGAUCCCCCAUCAUUCUGAAGGGCAAAAAUCUUUGCCCUCCUGCCUCUGGAGGUGCCAAACUCAACUACACAGUGCUGAUUGGAGAGACCCCAUGUGCCGUUACCGUGUCCGAGACACAGCUCCUCUGCGAGCCUCCCAACCUCACGGGGGAGCACAAGGUCAUGGUCCACGUGGGCGGGAUGGUGUUCUCGCCCGGCUCCGUGAGCGUCAUCUCAGACAGCUUGCUGACCCUGCCCGCCAUUGUGAGCAUCGCGGCGGGAGGCAGCCUCCUGCUCAUCAUUGUCAUCAUUGUGCUCAUCGCCUACAAGCGCAAGUCUCGAGAGAAUGACCUCACUCUCAAGCGGCUCCAAAUGCAGAUGGACAACCUGGAGUCCCGUGUGGCCCUGGAGUGUAAGGAAGCUUUUGCCGAGCUCCAGACAGACAUCAACGAGCUGACCAGUGACCUGGACCGCUCAGGAAUCCCCUACCUGGACUAUAGGACCUAUGCUAUGCGAGUCCUAUUCCCGGGCAUCGAGGACCAUCCCGUCCUGCGUGAGCUGGAGGUGCAGGGCAACGGGCAGCAGCACGUGGAGAAGGCCCUGAAGCUCUUCGCGCAGCUCAUCAACAACAAGGUGUUCCUGCUGACCUUCAUCCGCACCCUGGAGCUGCAGCGCAGCUUCUCCAUGCGGGACCGCGGCAACGUGGCCUCGCUCAUCAUGACGGGCCUGCAGGGCCGCCUGGAGUACGCCACCGACGUCCUCAAGCAGCUGCUGUCCGACCUCAUCGAUAAGAACCUGGAGAACAAGAACCACCCCAAGCUGCUGCUCCGGAGGACAGAGUCUGUGGCGGAAAAGAUGCUGACCAAUUGGUUUGCCUUCCUCCUGCACAAGUUCCUGAAGGAGUGUGCUGGGGAGCCGCUGUUCAUGCUGUACUGCGCCAUCAAGCAGCAGAUGGAGAAGGGCCCCAUCGACGCCAUCACUGGCGAGGCGCGCUACUCGCUGAGCGAGGACAAGCUCAUCCGGCAGCAGAUCGACUACAAGACCCUGAUUCUGAACUGCGUCAACCCUGACAACGAGAACAGCCCGGAGAUCCCAGUGAAGGUGUUAAACUGUGACACCAUCACGCAGGUCAAGGAGAAGAUCCUCGAUGCAGUCUACAAGAACGUGCCCUACUCCCAGCGGCCCAGGGCUGUGGACAUGGACUUGGAGUGGCGACAAGGCCGGAUCGCCAGGGUCGUGCUACAGGACGAGGACAUCACGACCAAGAUCGAGGGCGACUGGAAGAGGCUAAACACGCUCAUGCACUAUCAGGUGUCAGACAGAUCGGUGGUGGCCCUGGUCCCCAAGCAGACCUCUUCCUACAACAUCCCCGCCUCUGCCAGCAUCUCCCGGACGUCCAUCAGCAGAUACGACUCCUCCUUCAGGUACACAGGCAGCCCCGACAGCCUGCGGUCGCGGGCACCCAUGAUCACCCCGGACCUGGAGAGCGGGGUCAAGGUGUGGCACCUGGUGAAGAACCACGACCACGGGGACCAGAAGGAGGGGGACCGGGGCAGCAAGAUGGUGUCAGAGAUCUACCUGACCCGGCUGCUGGCCACCAAGGGCACCCUGCAGAAGUUCGUGGACGACUUGUUUGAGACCUUGUUCAGCACUGUGCACCGGGGCAGCGCGCUCCCCCUGGCCAUCAAGUACAUGUUCGAUUUUCUGGAUGAGCAGGCAGACAGACACAGCAUCCAUGACACAGACGUGCGGCACACUUGGAAGAGCAACUGCCUCCCUCUGCGCUUCUGGGUGAAUGUGAUCAAGAACCCCCAGUUUGUAUUUGACAUCCACAAGGGCAGCAUCACGGAUGCCUGCCUCUCCGUGGUAGCCCAGACCUUCAUGGACUCUUGCUCAACUUCAGAGCACCGGCUGGGCAAGGACUCGCCUUCCAACAAGCUGCUCUACGCCAAGGACAUCCCCAGCUACAAGAGCUGGGUGGAGAGAUACUAUGCAGACAUUGCCAAACUCCCCGCCAUCAGUGACCAGGACAUGAAUGCCUACCUCGCCGAGCAGUCCCGCCUGCAUGCCGUGGAGUUCAACAUGCUGAGUGCCCUCAAUGAGAUCUACUCGUAUGUCAGCAAGUACAGCGAAGAGCUCAUCGGCGCGCUGGAGCAGGACGAGCAGGCACGGCGCCAGCGGCUGGCGUACAAGGUGGAACAGCUCAUCAACGCCAUGUCCAUUGAGAGCUGAGAGAUGGAGCCUCCCAUUCCUGGGAAGAGGGACCCACGAAAGCUGUCACACUGGGUGUCUCAGAAGGAAGGACAAGUGAAGGGGGUCAGGCCCCAGAGCUUGCUGUCUCCUGAGACCCUAACCCUGGGGAGAGGGGAGGGCCCCUCUCCCCACGCCAGCCAAGUUUCGUCCCAGCUGGUCCCUGCAGGGAGAGACCAGCAGCAUCACAGCCACCCACGACGAGAGGGAUGCAGGGGCCUGGAGAAGGUGGUUCUUCAAGCUGAGAGGCGCAGCUGGGCACGGUUCUGCCUCUGUGACUGCUGCUUUGCAUGAAAACUCAUUUGAUGUAUAUUGGGGAAAUAAUGAGAACUUUAUUUAAUUUUUUUUUAAGAAAAAGGAAAACCAGAAAUAAAACAAAAAGCCUCCCUGUUCAUCCCGUCCAACUUUCGUUUAAUUCUGCUUUCUGUCCCCCUUCCUUCUUUUGCCCCUGUCCCUCCUUCCUCGCACAACUCCUGGUUCCCAACAACUGGAAAAAAAGCCUACAAAGAGAUGCUGAGAGAAAUUGAUCGUUUCCUUGCCUUUGAAACCUUCUUUGUCUAAGAAGUGAGGAGGAGAAGAAUGAGCACAAGUUGGCACCAAACGCUCCGAAGGAAGAGUGGCCGAUGAAGCCAGAAGAGGUGGGGAAGGUGGGACUUUGCACCAACAGCCGAGCCCCCAGGCUCCACCUGCUGACAGAAAGCUGAGCUUUAUGUCCGCACGUCCGUGCGUCCUCUUCUCCAGCAGACAUGUGUGUCUCAAGAGCACCGAUGCUUUUUGCUACUGUUUGGUUGUUUUCUUUAAACCCAAACCUCAACAAGUGAGGAGCUGAUUUUGGUACUUUUCCUUCGGGUUUCCCUACAGUGACUACCAGACAUGAGAGCUGGGCCUCUCUCAGAGGGGACACCCGGUCUCCCGAAGGAUGCUGGGCAGCUCUGCCUUAUAUCCAUCCCCGUUGUAAACCAGGCUCGCCGGGAGCAGGGCCCUGGAGGAGCGCGGGCCAGGCCUCUGGGAGGUUCCAUUCGGGAGCCGACGGGGGGACAUGGGUGUUCAGACUCUGCUCCAGUCUGCCCGUGGUUUCUUACAAUUAAAAAGAAAACAAAAAUCAAACACUGUUUACAGCAAGCAAUACUUGAAGAGCAUAGGUUCAAGAAGCUGCAGUAUUUAUUGUUGUGCUUUCUUUGUUUUAUUCUCUUGUGCCUAGAGAGGGG